AUGGAUGUUUCUCGAACAAAUGAACCUAUGGUUAAUGGUACAUCUACAACUGAAGAAAUGGCACUAGUGGACAAGAAAAAAUUGUUAAGAAAAAUCGAUUUUAGAUUACUAUUGAUAUUGGUUAUUAUGAAUAUUUUGGCCUGUCUGGACAGAUCUAAUAUUGGAAAUGCAAGAUUGGCAGGAUUAGAGAACAAUCUAGGAUUAUAUGGAAACCAAUUUCAAAUCUCACUUGCUGUAUUCUAUAUUGGUUAUGUUCUAUUUGAAAUACCUUCAAACAUGGUAAUAAGUAAGUUUACACCAUCAAAAUGGAUACCAGCUCUUAUGGUCAUAUGGUCUGCUGUUAUAUGUUGCAUGGCUGCAGCAAGUAAUUUUGGUGAAUUGAUUGCUACAAGGUUUUUACUAGGUGUCGCUGAAUCAGGAUUUACACCUGGUGCAUUUUUUCUAUUAAGUAUGUGGUAUAAACGAUCCCAAUAUGCUAUAAGAUUUAGUUUAUUUUAUUCUGGAUCUGUUUUAUCUGGUGCUUUUGGUGGACUUCUGGCUUAUUUAAUUACGAAAUAUAUGAACGGAAAUGGAAGUUUGGAAGGAUGGCGAUGGCUAUUCUUGUUAGAAGGAAUUGCUACUUUUGUUUUCUCAUUAGCUUCUUUUUUCAUUCUUCCAAAUUUUCCAGAAACUGCCACAUUCCUAACUGUCCAAGAAAGGGAUUACUGGGUAACCAGUCUUCGAAAAGAUGACUAUACGUUAAAUGACCUUCGAAAAGAUGAUUAUACAUUAAAUGGCCUUCAACAACACAAAAUUACUCAUUACAGUCUGUACUUGGUCAUAAAAGAUUUGAAAAUUUAUAUUGAAAUGCUUAUUGGCUUAUUCAUCGGGACUACUUUAAAUUCCAUCGCAUUAUAUCUACCAACUGUAAUCCAUUCUAUGGGCUUUGAUCCGUUGGAAAGUCAAUUGCUGACAGUUCCACCAUAUUUUGUUGGUUGGUUCAUUUCAUUAGCUAUAACAUUGCAUUCUGAUAAAGUUGAAGAAAGAAGCUUUCAUAUUGUUUUUGGAGGAUGUUUAGCAAUGAUUGGUUUUUUUGGGCUGGCAAUGAUUGAUAGCGUAAAUUUAUUAUACGCAUCCACGUUUUUUUGCAUUGCUGGCGUAUCAACAAUUGCACCACUUUCAGUAGCUUGGCUUACCAGUAUAUUUUCUAUACCUCAUGACAAACGUGCAAUCGCUCAAGCAAUGUUUUUUGCAACUGCAAAUUUUUCUGACGAACCGUUAAGUUUGGAAGCUCCCUGGGAAAAAGGAGAAGUUCAUUGUUUAGAUGUCUUAACACCUACACCAGGCAUAAUGCUCAAUCCCAACGAUCGUGUAUGGAUUCGUUGGCAGCAAAAUAAAUCUUGUCAUCCACUUUCAGAUUUCGAAAUAAAGUUACAUGGUUCGCCAAAUGUUAAAGAAUAUUCUGCUCCAAUUGCAUCGAAUAUUAUGAAAAUGGAUUAUGAAUGGAUUGCUCCCGUUAUACCGUUUAAUAAUGUUAAAAAUAAUACUGCAUAUUAUAUAAAAGUUACUACCAAAGCUUUAUUAGAUUCUAAUAGUGUAGAAGUUACAGUAUUCGGUCUUACCGGUCCAAUUACCAUUUCUAGAAAAGCGACAACCUCUCCUAAAACUUAUUUUUCUCCAACUAAUACAACAAAUACUAAUGAUAAAAUAAAAAAUGCGACAAUUAGUAAUGGUACGAAGAAAGGACAGCAAACAUCAAACUGUAAUUCGGUUAUAUCAGAUUUUUUUGUAUUAGGAAGUAAU